UUUUUCCAGGGGAGAGGAGAAGACUCGACGCAAUUCGUAGCUCUCUCCAAACAGAUUUUUUUUUUUUUUGAAGUAGUUAUUAUAUUUUCAGGAGCAAACGUUACAUUCUCAGAUCCGAUCCAUUACUAUCUUCGGAAAGAUGUCUUCAACAUUCAGCGGCGAUGAAACUGCUCCUUUCUUCGGCUUCCUGGGGGCCGCUGCUGCCCUUGUUUUCUCCUGUAUGGGAGCCGCUUAUGGGACCGCGAAGAGUGGGGUUGGGGUAGCGUCGAUGGGGGUGAUGAGGCCGGAGCUGGUGAUGAAGUCGAUCGUUCCCGUAGUUAUGGCUGGUGUGCUCGGUAUUUAUGGCCUGAUUAUUGCUGUUAUUAUUAGUACCGGAAUUAAUCCCAAGGCUAAGUCUUAUUACCUUUUCGAUGGAUACGCGCAUCUGUCUUCUGGUCUCGCUUGUGGCCUCGCUGGUCUUUCCGCUGGUAUGGCUAUCGGGAUCGUCGGUGAUGCUGGCGUUAGAGCUAAUGCACAGCAGCCAAAGCUUUUCGUCGGGAUGAUCCUCAUUCUCAUCUUUGCUGAGGCAUUGGCACUAUAUGGUUUGAUUGUCGGCAUUAUUCUCUCUUCCAGAGCUGGUCAAUCAAGAGCCGAGUGAAAGAUGGCCUAGCUACUGACUGCAUGGUUGGUUGUGGUUCCUGCGGAAUUGUUUCAUAUAUUUUUCUUUUCUUUUCUUCUGCUGGUGAGAAGCUUAUUGGUUUUGCUCAGGUGUCGACUGUUUCUACAGAUUUGAGAAAUUUGCAGUGGCUGAUGAUAGAUUAGAAAUUUAUAUUAGUUGGCUCAAUAAAGUUUGUAAACUUUGUUUCAUUAUUAAAUUAUGUACUUUUGGGUCCAAUUCAAACCUUGUAGAAUCACUACUUGCAUUUCUUUCUUUUU